CCCCCACUGCGCAGCAACCAAACACUGACUUCAGGUCACCACUCGCCUUCGUCAUCUCCAUUAAUUCUGUACCUUGCCAGUCUUUCCCGCGCACACAACAAAACACCAAGGUGACGGGUUUCUCAAUCUUUCACCCACUUGCUACUGCGCAUCGAUCCCCAGCGCACCCAUCCUCCAUCACCACUCUCAAUCUUCCCUUUAUUUUUCCCCAUCAAGUCAGCACCCCCAGCUCGUCCCUUGUGAUUGCAGCCUUUUUGCUGCCCCGAAGCUAGCCACGAUGAAGGUCACAUUCAAGGACUUGAAGCAACAAAAGUUCACGCUUGACGUUGAACCCACUGACCUUAUCUCGGUUGUCAAGCAGAAGAUUGCUGGAGAGAAGGGAUGGGACCCCAAGGACCAGAAGCUUAUCUAUUCUGGCAAGAUCCUCAAGGACGACGACACGGUCGAGUCCUACAAGAUUGAGGAGAAGGGCUUCGUCGUCUGCAUGGUCAACAAGCCCAAGGCACCCAAGCCCGCUCCCGCCGCCGAGUCCUCGUCUGCGCCCGCCGUCCCCGCCACGCCCGCUCAGCGUGUCGCCGCCACGCCAGCUGCUCCUCCCGCUCCCGCUGCCCAGGCUGCUGCCCCGGCCGCGGCUCCCGCUACGCCGACUCCGGCUGCUAGAUCUACCGGUGGCGAUGCCGGCAACAACGACCCUUCAAUGGCCAUGGGCGCUCAGCGCCAGGAGGUGAUUGCCAACAUGGAGGCCAUGGGUUUCGAGCGCGCCCAGAUCGACGCCGCCAUGCGUGCCGCCUUUUACAACCCCGACAGAGCCGUCGAGUACCUGCUCAGCGGCAUCCCCGAAGACGUCCAGGAGGAGCAAGCACAGCGACAGGCCGCUGCCGCGGCACCCGCCCAGCCUUCCGGUGGUGCGCCGGCCGGUGGUGAUGACGGCAACGUCAACCUCUUCGAUCUCGCUGCCCAGUCGCGUGGUGGAGGUGGCGGCGGCGGUGGUGGACGUGGCGCCUCCGCCGGCAACACCCAGGCCGCCGCCGCUGCUGCUGCCGCUGCCGCCGCCCAGGGUGGCUUCGGCAAUCUGGACUUCCUCAGAAACAACGCCCAAUUCCAGCAGCUCCGCCAGGUUGUCCAGCAACAGCCGCAGAUGCUGGAGCCUAUUCUUCAGCAGCUCGGUGCCGGCAAUCCCCAGCUUGCGCAGCUCAUCGCCAACAACCCCGACCAGUUCCUGCAGCUUCUCGGCGAGGAGGUUGACGACGACGUGCCUCUACCCCCCGGUGCGCAGGCCAUUCAGGUCACCGAGGAGGAGCGCGACGCCAUUGAGCGGUUAUGCCGACUCGGCUUCGACCGCGAUGCUGCCAUCCAGGCCUACUUUGCCUGCGACAAGAACGAGGAGCUUGCCGCAAACUUCCUCUUCGAUCAGCCCGAUGACGACGAUGCGCCCCAGAACUAAGCCCGACUCGCAACGACCGCAUGACGACACAAUCUAUGACAGAAACGCAGGGCUCAGGAAUUACCGGACGGGGUUGGCUCGACGACGUUGACGUGAGGAAAAGACCUCAGGAUACCUGGUCCGGAAGGGCGGUAUCCCCAUCAGCAAGGCGGGCAAGUGGCCGCGUGGAAGUAAAUGAUGCAAUUCUUUUUUCGGUAGAGCUGGCGUGGAGGCAAGCAGUCUGAGGAAAAUAUGCGUGAAAUGAUCUGAACGCAUACGGAGGUCGCAAGCUACUCGCGGUUACAACUGCUCAUGCUUGUGUUUGACCAGGAUUGUUCCUGUUCUGGCUUGGGAGAGAGCGUGGCGUCAGUCCUAGGUAGCCAGGCCGGGUAGCACCGGGUAAUUCAACUCUUCAGUGCC